AUGAAGCACGCUAAUACGAUGUAUCUACGUGUUGAGAUGGCGAAGCAAUCCGCGGGACAAGCGGACCCGGACUUUGAUGAGAGCCUUAGCGGUGACGUGGCAGAAGCUCAAGAUCUGACCGCCACUCAUCCCUCCUCUCCCGCGCGUUCCGCCGUCCCAUCCGCUGCUGCCGCCAACGCUUCUCCCGCUGCUGCGGGCAACGGAACCGACGCAUCCGCUCCGGCCAAUCCCGGCACCGCUGCUGCUGCAGCCGCCGCGUCCGCCGCUUUUCGCGCGGCAGCGGCAGCGGGAGCGUCGGGGCGACCCACUCCCGAGGAGCUGGGGAUGCAUUUGCGAAUGCUUGGCGACAUGAACCUUGGUUCGGAUCGCAGCGUGGGCGACGUCGUCGCGUCAGUGCUGCAGCAGCUGAACCACGGGAUGAACAAUCAUCACGGGAUGAAUAAUCACCACGGCAUGAAUCACCCCGGAAUGAGCCACCACGGAAUGAUGCCGUUUCCGCCCGGGAUGUUCCCAAUGCCGCCGCCCGGAGUCCUUCCCCCGCACGGCGUCUUCCGCCCCCCGGGCUCCGCGCACCCGCCGCUUCCGCCGCUCGGAUCCGCCCCCGGGCCUUCGGACGCGGACGGGAUGAGCAGCUCCGGCGGAGGAGGUUCGGCGGCGCCCGGAGCCCCUGGUUCGGCGGCGGCAGGAGCGGGAGGCGCGGGGGUUCCAGGUCCCCCUGUGCUUCCGCCGAUGUGGAUGUCUCCGCACGGGCUCGCGUUCUGGCCGCGCCCGGGGGGAAAUAACGCCAUGCAUCAUCCCCCCCCGAUGGGGGGAAGCAUGGGCGGGAGGGGUAGCACAGGGGGGAUGGGGUCCCCCGCGCCCCCUCCGCCUGUGCCGUCCGCGGAAGGCAAGGAGGGAGGACGUGGCGGAGCGAGCGCAUGGAUGUCCGCGGGAGGGGGCGGAACGGCGGGAGGGGGCGCGGGGCAGCAUCAGGGCUUUGAGGCGCCGCAGAAAUCGCAUCUGGGGGUUGAAGGGGGGGCGCAGAAACAGCUUCCGCCAACCGAGGGCGCGCAGAAGGUGCAUGCGCCGCCGCAGCACGCGGGGCAGCACGGGCAGCACCCGGGGCAGCACCCGGGGCAGCGGAAAGGGGGCGCGGGGAACCACCCGCACGCGGAAGGGCGGGGGCCGCGCAUGCCGUCAUCGAAGCCGUCAGCGCCGGAGAUGCCGAUGGACGGGUGGGAGUGGCGCAAGUACGGUCAGAAGGUCACCCUCGGCCAGACCUACCCCAGGAGCUACUUCCGCUGUGCACACAAGACCACGGGGUCUCAUCCCUGCCCCGCCAAGAAGUGGGCGGAGAGGUGCAACGACAACCCCUUCAACUGGCGCAUCAAGUACGUGGGCGAGCACAACCACUCCAAGCCGCCCCCCCGCCCCGUCACCAUCACCAUCAUUCAUGACGGCCCUGUGGAUGGAACUGCCGCUGCUGCUCUCCCCGCUCCUCCCCCUGCUUCUGCUGCUGCUGCUGCUGCUGCUGGUGGUGGUGCCGUCGCUGCUGGUGCUGCCGGUGCCACCGGUGCCGGUGGUGCCGGUGGUGGUGGUGGUGGUGGUGCCGGUGCUGGUGCUGGUGCUCUUGCUGCUCCCUCGCCGCUGUCUCUUCUCGCCCCGGCUGCACCGCCUUCCCUGGCUCUUCCCGCUCCCCACUCUACUGCUGCUGCGGGUUCUGCUGCUGCUGUAGCUGCGCCCGCUGCUCCCGAGACGCAGCAGUCACGGGCAGGAGAGAGGAGUGAGCAGCAAGAAGCGUGCCUGGGGCUUGCCGUGUCUUCUGAUGGGCUGACCACAAGCAAGCAGCAGCAGCAGAAGCAGUCAGAGGGAGGGGGAGGUGGUGGUGAUUGUGGUGCCACGUUAGCAACAGUCCAGGCUGAUCCCGCAGGUCAUCAAGCGGAUAGGGUGGAUGGCGUGGAUGGUUCAAAGGCCGCAAGCCUGUGGACCGGAGCAGAUAAACCAGCAGCAGCAGGAGGAGGAGGAGGGGGAGGAGGAGGAGGAGGAGGAGGAGGAGGAGGAGGAGGAGGAGGAGGAGGAGGAGGAGGAGGAGGAGGAGGAGGAGGAGGAGGAGGAGGAGGAGGAGGAGGAGGAGGAGGAGGAGGAGGAGGAGGAGGAGGAGGAGGAGGAGGAGGAGGAGGAGGAGGAGGAGGAGGAGGAGGAGGAGGAGGAGGAGGAGGAGGAGGAGGAGGAGGAGGAGGAGGAGGAGGAGGAGGAGGAGGAGGAGGAGGAGGAGGAGGAGGAGGAGGAGGAGGAGAUAACAGUGCAGAAGCAGACAUGAAGCGAGAGGAGGGAGCUGACACCAACCGCACCAAGGAAGAAAGUAUCAGGAACGGGGAUGGGAACGGGAAUGGGGCUGAAAAUGGGAGUGGGAAUGUGGGUGGGGUUGAGAGCACAGGAGAGGAGGAGUUGGAGAGCCAACCAAGCAUUGACAUCAAGCCGCGGGACGCACAAUCUAAUCCCAGUGCAUGGGCCUCUGCCAAUGACGCCUCUGGGAUGGGCUCCUCUGCAGGCGCCUCUGGGAACUCCAGUAAUCCUUUUCCCGGGUAUACCGGCCCGCUCCCGUCUGCUCUCAUGCAAGGUCCCCUCCCCACGCCCAUGUGGAUGUCCUCCCUCCCUCGGGAUUCGCCUCGGAUUCUGAUUGGCCCGGGCGGCGCCAGGUGGCCGAUGGGGAGGGAUUCGCCAGGUCAGAUGCAGUCGCCGUUUAACAUGCUGUCGCCGCUGAAUACCGCCCGGGUUUUUUCUGACGUGGCGCAGGCGCCGCUGCCGUCGCCUAUUGACUUGCCGGAGAUCAAAGGAGAGUAA